CCCUUUUCCUUUAAAGAGUAACCCAAGCACUUGAUGUUUCGCGAACUCCUCGACUGCACUUGCUUUGGAACCUAAACCCCAAAAAUGGCAAAAGAGCGAUCAAAAACUCCAGAAAACGAAAACGGAGCUCCAUCAAAGCGACAACACAAAUCAAAAUCCAAAAGAAAGAAUGAAUCCGAGUCCGAAACAGAAUCCGAAUCCGAACCGGAAGGAGACGUGAGAAAACACAGGAGAAAGAGAAGCCGAAGCCGAAGCCAAAGUCGAAGUGGAAGUUCUCGGAGAAAAUCACGAGAUGAUUACACGGACUCAGAUUCGGGUAGUAGUUCGGAGUAUUCGGAGACGGAGUCGGAAGAGGAAAGGAGGCGUAGAAAGAGGAGAGAGAGGAAGAGAAGAGAGGAGCAAAGGAAGCUGAGGAAAGACAAGGAGAAGAAAAGGAGGAAGAAGGAGAAGGAGAAGAAGGAGAGGAAGAAGAAAAAGAAAGAGAAGGGAAAAACUGGUGCUGUUACUAACUCUUGGGGUAAAUAUGGAAUUAUCAAAGAAACUGAUAUGUGGAACAAACGACCAGAGUUUACCGCAUGGUUAGCGGAAAUAAAGAAGAUGAAUCUGGAAAGUCUGCCAAAUUGGGAAGAGAAGCAAUUAUUCAAGCAAUUCAUGGAAGAUCAUAACACCGCAACCUUCCCUUCUAAAAAAUAUUAUAACCUUGACGCCUAUUACAAACGUAAAAUGGAGAAGGAAAUGAAAAGAGGUGUCAAGAAGGUUGUGGACAAUGAACGUACUGUCUUCAAUGAUGAAGAAAUACGCAGGCAAGAAUUGAUGCGAGAACGUGAGAAGCACAAGGAAGAACAGGUGGAAGCAUUGAAGCGCGAGAUGCAGAGUGGAAUGGCGCAAGCAAUGAAAGAACAAGCUCAAUUAAGAGAAGAGAUGGCUUAUCAAUACAAGCUUGGCAACUUUGAGGCUGCAGCUGCUAUUCAGAGGCGUUUGGACCCCGAUCUCCCUAUGUAGAUGAGGUCCUGCAAAAUUUUGGUCUUGGCUACAACUGACUACCUUAGGUGCAUUUAUUUGAGCAAAUAUGAUUGCAGAUUCAUAUGCAAGUCUGCGCUUCUAUAUUACUAGCUACUACUACGCUAGAUUAGUUAAAAUCUGGUUCAUGUAUUGUUGUGUAAUAUUAUGAUAUUAUCCGCACUCCAUCCUUUUUACUCUGUGCUCCACCAUAAUGCUAUAGUGCCAAAUUUACCUUGCAUUAA